AACCUCCUGAGACCCAGCCCAUUGACUUAUGUCCACUGUAGUGGACAUUUGAGUUUCAUCCCUCUCCUUGGAAUCUUUUGUGCAAGUCUCUUAAUUCCUGCUGUACUGUACAGAGGACAUCCUGGGCUUUUCAGUGAUAUGUUAUUUCAUUGGCUGGGAGGCCGGGAACCCCCUCAAUCUUUCAAUCCAAAAUGGACGGCAUAGGAACAAGCACAUUUUAUGGAAAGAUAAAAGGAAACAGAACUGAAGCAGAAAGAAUUCUUUACAAAAUAGUCGAGGGAGAUUCAGAUUUAGAGUUGUCAGAUGACGAGAGAGAUGAGGAUGAGUUUCAAUCAGUGAGAGAAGGCAGUGAUGAAGAAGAGGAAGAUGAUGCAGAAGGCUCAGUUGAAGGGACAGAUGCAGACACAGACACAGAUACAGACAGGGAUGAGCAGGAAACUAGACGCCUUCUGUGGGCCAGGAGUAAUAUGUAUGUUUUAUGCAGUUCCACAAUUUUAAAUUCAGCUGCAUUGAGUAUUUAAACAGUUAUUAUUUAUUAUUUAUCAUUUAUUAUUCUU